GCUAUACAUCGUCAAACCAAAGCAACUGACUAAAGCCUACGAUAUUCACCAAGUCGAAUAUGGCAUUUAAUUUCAAGUCCUUUCAGCUCAUUAAUUUGUAGAUUAAUUUCACCUCAUACUUGCCUUUACAUAUAUAUUCAGCUUCUGUUUGGCAUGUUUUUGACUUGGAAUAUAGUAGUAUUGCUCUGCAACUACCUCUUCUUAAUAAUACUCAGAAAAAUGUUUCUUCGGGGUCGCCUUGGAUUUUCAGUUGCUUCAGCUGCUGCAAUAAUAUUCAUCUUCUGGCCGGCAAAGCUUGCUUCAGGAGCCACUCUUGUACCAGAUGAAGUGGACGUUUUGAGGGAGAUAGCAAAAACAUUAGGGAAGACGGAUUGGAAUUUCGGAGUAGAUCCCUGUAGUGGAGAAUCAAACUGGAGAAAUGCUACUGCACCAAAAGAGUUUGCGAAUGCUGUUACUUGUAAUUGUUCCUUUGAAAAUAGCACGACCUGUCAUGUCGUUAGUAUAGUAUUGAAAUCACAGAGUCUUCCAGGAGAACUGCCACCAGAAUUGGUCAAACUCCCUUACCUCCGAGAGUUUGAUGUCACUCGGAACUACCUUUCUGGUAGCAUCCCUCCAAUAUGGGGCACCAUGCAGCUUGUUAACAUUUCUCUCAACGGUAACCGCAUAUCAGGAACAAUUCCAAAAGAACUUGGAAACAUCAGCACCCUUGCAAAUCUAACCUUGGACUUCAAUCAGUUGUCUGGAACUAUACCUCCGGAGCUUGGGAACUUAUCCCGCUUACAGAAACUAACUCUUACCUCGAACAAUUGGACCGGAGAGUUGCCUAGAACAUUGGCUAACUUGACUGCUUUGAAGAUGUUCUGGAUUGGUGACUGCAAUUUCACGGGGAGUAUACCUAAUUUUAUCGAGAACUGGAAAAGUAUUGAAAAUCUAGUGAUCCAGGGUAGCGGUUUAAAAGGGCCAAUCCCACCUGGCAUUUCUUCCUUAACAAAUUUAACUGACUUGAGAAUCAGUGAUUUGAGUGGAAAUGACACAACUUUUCCUAACCUUCGCGGUGCAACUAAUAUGAAGACUCUGGUAUUAAGGAGUUGCAAUAUAGUUGGGCAGUUACCAGACUAUCUUGGCUCACUGACAAAAUUGAAAGUCUUGGACCUUAGUUUUAACAAAAUUGAUGGACCAAUUCCCAGAAGUUUAGAUGCCCUAUCAAACACAGUUUACAUUUAUCUCACAGGGAACAACUUCACAGGAACCAUUCCUGGUUGGAUGCUCGAUACGGGAGAAUAUGUAGACCUUUCCUACAACAAUUUUUCUCUAGCAAAUUCAGGAUCCACGAGAUGCCAAGCCGGAAACUUGAACUUGUUUGCAAGCUUUUCAAAGAACAAUAAAUCGAGCACCUUUUCAUGCUUGCAGAGUUUCCGCUGCCAGCAAAACUGGUCCUCUUUACAUAUAAAUUGUGGUGGAAAGGGAGUAAAAAUUGGUGACACAAACUACGAUGAUGAUACACAACCUGGAGGGCCAUCAAAGUUGUACCAGAGUGGAACAAAUUGGGCAUUCAGUACCACUGGUCACUUUGCCGAUGAUAAUCACAAUGUGGACUCGUAUAUUAAUAGUAGUGAUUCUGGAAUUUUUGGGAAUGAAAUGCAAUUAUACUCGGAUGCUCGACUAUCUCCUCUUUCAUUGACGUAUUAUGGGUUCUGUCUGGUAAAUGGAAACUACACAGUGAAACUUCACUUUGCUGAAAUUAUGUUUACUGAUGACAGAACAUAUAGCAGCCUUGGAAGGCGCGUAUUUGAUAUAUACAUGCAGGGAAAAUUGAUCCAGAAAGAUUUCAAUAUUGAGAAUGCAGCAGGUGGAGUCAAUAAGCCUGUAGUUCUAAAUUUUACUGCUGUAGUAACUGACAGCACUUUAGAGAUUCGCUUCUACUGGGCUGGAAAAGGAACCACGGAUAUUCCCCAAACAGGAGUGUAUGGUCCUCUGAUUUCUGGAAUUUCUGUGGAUCCUGAUUUUCCGGUACCUUCAGAACAUGGCUUAUCAGUAGGCGCCAUAGUUGGGAUUGUACUCGCAGUUUUGGUUAUCAUAUCUGUGGCUCUAGCCAUUCUUUGGUGGAAAUUUGGUCCGCAACUCCGUCAAACAAUGCAGCUAGAUUUUAGAAGUCUAGACCUGCAAACAGGAUCUUUCGCCCUGAGACAAAUCAAGUACGCAACAAACAAUUUUGCUUCUGCCAAUAUAAUUGGAAGAGGUGGCUUUGGUUCUGUCUACAAGGGAAUUCUGCCUGACGGCACCGUCAUUGCAGUAAAACAGCUUUCUUCCAAAUCAAACCAAGGAAACCGCGAAUUUUUGAAUGAAAUAGGCAUGAUUUCUGCUCUACAACACCCUAAUCUCAUAAAGCUCUAUGGAUGCUGCAUUGAGGGAAACCAACUGUUGGUUGUAUACGAGUACAUGGAAAAUAACAGCCUCGCUCGUGCAUUGUUUGGUCCUGAAGAGCAACAGUUGGAAUUAAAUUGGCCAACAAGGCGCAAGAUCUGCCUUGGUAUAGCAAGAGGUUUGGCUUUUCUGCAUGAAGAAUCGAGAUUGAAGAUUGUCCAUAGAGACAUCAAAGCCACCAAUGUGCUAAUUGAUAAGGAGCUAAAUCCCAAGAUAUCUGACUUUGGCCUGGCGAGACUUCAUGAAGAAGAUGACACCCAUAUAAGUACUCGUGUUGCUGGAACCUUUGGAUAUAUGGCACCUGAAUAUGCAAUGAGAGGCUACUUAACUGACAAAGCGGAUGUCUAUAGCUUCGGAGUUGUUCUUCUGGAAAUUGUCAGCGGAAAGAGCAACACUGGUUUCAAACCAGAGGAAUGCUUCAAUCUUCUUGGCUUGGCUCAUCUCUUGAAGGAGGAAAUGAAGCUGAUGGAGCUAGUUGAUUCCAGAUUGGGAACAGACAUCAACGACCGUGAGAUUAUAGUGACAAUUGAAAUAGCCCUGCUUUGCACCAGCGUCUCACCGGCUGCUAGGCCUAGUAUGUCGACAGUGGUGAGCAUGAUGGAGGGGAGGGUAAAGGAUCAAAAGUUGAUUCCAGACUCGAGUGUUUUGGGUGCAAAGGUGAAGGAAAUCAGUGAUGAGCACUACCUACUAACAACCUUCAAUGAGAGCCAGCUGCAGAGCACGUCAAGUGACCGGCCACUUACUGCAUCUCCAGCAUCUGCGCCAUUUACUGCGUCUUUAACAUCUGCUUCUGAUUUAUACCCGAUCAAUCCAAAGAGUAAUUUUCUGGACAACAGGUUAUAAACUUACACGAGGAAAUUGUCGUCUCUGACUAUCGAAACAUCUUGUUAUUCUUUAUAUUGCUUCCUAUUCUUGUGGAAAUAUUAUCCGUAGAGUUUGCAGUAGUGCAUAUGUUUAGCGGGAACAGUUAGUUGCAGAUUUUGUAAUAUUGCAUAUAAUUGUCUUUAAUUCUAGAUUUUACAUUGGCAGUUCAUCAAUUAGUAAAAUUGUAGUUUGUAUCCAUUACUGAAAGCUAGAAUUUUGUACUAUCAACUAUCAAAAUUCUCCUUUAUCCCACAAACCUGACAAAAGGUGUGGGAUAAAGAAGUUUAUGCUGAAUGGUUUAUUCUUAAUGUAGUUAUAGCCACAU